UGAGUUGAACGCUGAAGGGAAGUUCAUCAGCAGCUCUAUUUYAAAUAUAAACGUUGUGUUUUCUUGUAUUUUCCUCAGCCGACCUCAGAGUSAAGUGUGAGAUGCAGUCAUGACCGAGAGUUUGAAAACCCGGUUUGAUUUCUCCAGCCCCAUCAUACAAGCCCAGGGUGUGAGGACACUUGUUGCUGCUGUCUUAAAGGAAAAAGGACAAAAUGGACAAAUCACACAGGCUUCCACUCAGGGCCCAGCACUGGAGGCUUUGUGGCAGCAGUGCUGCAGCGACUGCGCACCCGUACGUUCGGCCUGCUGCGACGCUGUGGUGCUGUUGGUGGAUCAGGGCCACGCAGACCUGCAGUACAUCCUCAACACGGCCCUCAACCUGCUGCCUUCUGCCAGGAAUGUUCAGGGCCUAAUAAAAAUCACUGGACGACUGCUGCAGAUGCAGGCUGACCAAAGACAAGAGGAGACACACUUCACCUGUCCAUAUUCUAUCAGGAGCAGUCCUCACCCAUUCAUCACCGCCCUGGAGAACCGAGCGGACUGCUGGCCAGCUUUGCUGCUGGAGAUUGAUGACUUUACCCGACAUGCUGUCGACAGGAAAAAACCAUCCUACAUCACCAUGUUGGCUCCCUUCCUUCGGUACCUGUACUGUGAACCCCAGCGGCUGUCCCAGCAUGCACUUCUUCGACAGAGUCUCCUUUGGGUGCUGCUCACAGAGUCUGGAGCUGGAGUGCCGUCGGCCUCAGCUGACAACCUGCUGCUCUGCCUUUGUCAGCUGGUUCCACAUGUGCAGCUGGACAGUGUGGAGGCAGUCUUAGAACUGUGUGGGUUUGUGGACGCCCUGAUUCGAGGUCUCCUCGGGGUUCCCAGAGAGUCCUGGACGAGCGAAAGAGUCGGGCUGCUGCUGCAGCUGCUCUGUGCGUGUCAGCGAUGCCUCAGGCUGAACGGAGACUGUCGACCGCUCCUCACUCUGAUGCAGAAGCUCCUGCCUGCCUGCCAACAGGACCUGCCAGUGGAUGAGCUGAUGAUGGGUGUGGCCCUGCUCCUUCUGGAGGCCCCUGCUGCUCAGCAAGGCAGCUUCCUCAGUCUAGCCCUGAGUUUAGUCCCUGAGCAGGACGAGCUGUCUCCCUGGUUGAGUCCAGUCCUGGUUCUUCCUGUUCUUCAGCUCCUGUCCUGUUUGGGCCUCACCGAGCCGCUGGCUGACCCAACAACACACAGCUUGAGCAGUGAUCUCGCCCACAGCCUGCUGCGCCGCAUCAGCAGACCUGCAGAUAAACCUCGCCAGCCUGGCUCGGUGUUGGCGCUGCCUCUCACUUCCUGGUACAGUGAGCUCAGCGUGGCUCUGUCCAUACUACGGACCGCGGCCCAGAAUCCACCUGCAGCUGCUGAGUGGCUGCUGGCCGUGGACUCCACCCUGACGUCCAGCCAGCGCCUGUCGCCCUCCCUCACGCUCGUUGUGAGCCAUCUUCUCAUCGCGGGUCAGGAGGAUGUCUGCCAGCUGGCUCUGAAAGUAAUUCAGGCUAUCGCUGCUGCCGACCCCUGCCAGGUCCCCUCCCUCAUCCCCGUCCUGCUCUUCAGGCUGUCUCAGGAGAAGGACCCAGGUCUGUGUCACUCAGUGCUCAGCUGCCUGCCGAGCCUCGGGACUCAUAAGCUCUGUGUUCCUGCCGUGCUGCAGACUCUCCACAUGCUGGCUGCUGCCCCCAAGCUGAGAGCUGUUGUAAUGCGUCUCAUGACUGCUCUCUGGAAAAAACAGGACCGAGUGUACCCGGAGCUGCAGCGUCUGCUGGGCCAGGCGGACAGAAGUGGGGUGGUGGGAAGAGAUACCCAGUGGGAGCUGAUCCUGGCCCGGGCUGCCUGUCUCAGAGACAUCUGCAGAGAGAGGCCCUACCAGCACGGGGCUGACAUGUUGGCAGCCAUUUCUCUGACUCUGAAGCAGAACGAGCGACCAGACCUGGCUACUCCCGCUGCUCUCGCCCUACAGGGUUUGCAUGAGCUGUGCAGAGCUGAGGUAGUGGACAUGAUUUCAACAUGGAAAAGCCUUGGACCUGAGCUGAGCCGAGACUCCCGUCCGCUGAUGAUUAAAGCCAUAGCUGAGCUUCUGUCUCUGGUUCCCCAGCUUGCUGUAAAGUCCGAGCAGUAUGAGAAAUUGAAAGAGGAGGUWGUCACCUUACUCUGGGGAUAUACUACAAGCAAGGCUAGACCAGCUGUAAAGAUGACUGAAGACGACGAUGACAAUGAAAAGGAAAACGAGGAAGAGGAGAAGGAUCUGUCAGUGCCUGGAUCCUCCUAUGUUAAAUUGAUGGCUCUAACCUCCACCUCAGUUCUACCAGCGUUURAGCUUUUCCUGACGUCACUGGUCAAACAGGAAAUGAGUCAGAUGCCUCGAGGAGUGUACUUCUCUGCACUGAGGGGGGGUGGUCUACGUUCGGACCAAGGGAAGACAGUUGCAGGRAUCCCAUCCUUUAUGCUUAAAACCUACGAGAAAAACAAGCAGCCUGGACUAAAACCUGGACUCGCUGCUGGUCUGCUGCUCUGCUAUGAGCUUCCUGUGCAGACGGACCGCAGUGGACGGCCCAUCGAGCGUUUCCUCGUCAGCCGAAGUCGCAGCUACCAGCAGACCCUGACAGCCCUCAUUCAUGAAGUUAACAUUCAGCCGUCUGAGUGGCAUCGGGCUCUGCUCCUGCCCCACUCAUGGAGGAGUUUCAUGAACCGAGCCUUCCACGCCGUCCUGCAGGGUCGACGUUCUGAGUUGGAAAUGCAGCAGAAGCAGGGCAAAGAGGACCCAGAGGAGCUGCAGUACAAGCAGCACUGUGCCUGGUUGUGGGCCAGAGACCAGCUGACUGACGUCAUCAAAACUGCUACAAAGGACAGUCCGGUUGUUCAGGGAAACUCCAUCCUGGCUCUGAGCGGCCUGGCUGCUGUCCUCGCCAAGUAUGAGAGCAACCUGCCCACCGACAGCAGCGGCAGCCUCGGAGCUGGACCAGAGUUUGUUCCUACUGCCAGCUGGUUGUCCAUGGUGCUCAACACGCUGCUCAGCAUCAUCAGCAGCAGCUUCAAGGCCAGCGGACAAGUCUUCCCCUGGUUUCUUCAUCGCUCGUACUCAGGUGAGAACACAGCGAGCGCCAUCGCUCGCUCCUGCGCCAGCCUGGCCUUGUCCCUGUUGGUCCCCGUCUUGGUGGUCUGGCAGAGGGACGGUCUGGUCCAGGUCCUCACGACACUGAAGGCCGGCCUGCCGGGCUCUCCUACGGUCGACGACUCCCAGGCUGUCCAGUUCCAUUCAGGCCUCGCCCUCGGCAUGGUGCUGUCCUGCCUGCAACAGCAGCGCCUCAGUGACGUCUCAGCUCAGAAGGACUCUGAGCUCCUGUUCAGUUCUCUAGAAGCUCUGGAGAGUUGUUCCUUCAACCCCAGCCUGGAGUACAACACGGGYUGUGUGUUGGGUCUGGGUCUGGUUCUCUCAGCCCUCUGCAGUAGUGGGCAGGUGGAUCACCAUGUUCACGUCAGUCUAACCCUCGACAAGCUUCUGAACAACCUGCAGGACAGCGGCGGGCGUGGACGCAUGCUGCAGGAGGUGUUGUCGUACUCUGUAGCAUGUGUGAGCGUGUCUGCCUUCAGCGCAGGUCUGAUCGAUGCAUCUAAAGCUGAGGAGAUCAUGAACUCUCUGCGCACCCUGACCGAGGAGAGCCAGCAGACUCCAGGCUUUUCUCUAGCUCUGGGGUUAAUCGUCCACGGACUGUCCAUGUCAGGUCAUGGUAAAGCGGAGGACCUCCACCCACGUCUGCUGGCUGCUUGGAUCAAAAUCCUGCUAGCAGAGGGCUGUCCCACAAUGCAGCGACUGGCUGCUGCCAACGGUCUGGUGGCUUUAGUGGGAUCAGAGAGGUACCUCAUCCAGUUGAAAGAUGAGCUGGAGCUUUCCUCCCAGCAGCAGAGCAGACUGAACGAGGUGAUUCGGGCCAUCUCACAGAUUAUCACCUUUUCUGGAGCCAUUGGUUUGCAGUCUAACAGUGCCUGUUUGGUUGGCCAUUUGUAUCUGGCCCAUGUAUCCACCAGUCACAGUCACACAGCAGUUCCUCAAGAUUUCACUUACCUCUCAGAGAAGAGUGUUAUCAGAUCCAUCAUGGACUUCAUCACAGAAGCUGGGAGAAAAGGUCCAGAGUUCUCCCAUCCUKCCCUGGUUAAGWCGGCUUUGGCCUCACUGGCUUCAGUUGGACUCAGCUUCCAGUUUCCUCCAGUGAACUGGAGUGCUGUCCUGUCCCCUUUAAUGAGACUCAGCUUUGGAGAGGAUGUACAGCAUCAGUGUGUAGUGUUAGCAGUCUCUCAGGCUCAGUCUUCUCAAAGUGCUUCCCUCUUCCUGGGCUCAUGGCUGGCCCCCCCUCUUGUGCACAGUCUCAGUCUCCAGACUCGAGCCCACCUGUAUGAGACCCUGGGCUUGUGGAUGAAGCAUGUGGCUGAGGACAAGCUCCAGCUUUAUGUGGAGACGUUAGGCCUGCAGCAGUUCCAUGAUGACCUCCGACCCCAGCGACUGUCUCUGUGCCACUCUCUACUGCAGGGUCUUGCUCAGGCCAUGGCUCUCCCAAACCCCCCCARUCACUGCUGGAGCGUUCUCUGCUCCACCACUGAGAAGAUCUUCAACCUCCUACCCAACCAGAUCCAGGAUAAUGAGGUGGAGUUAUAUGAGGGCGUCACCAGGUGUGUGUCUGAGCUGUCUGAUACUGAGAUCGACAGGAUCACUCGGGUUUCUGAGGUGAACAUGGAGAAGACCUGCUUUGUUCUGGCCUAUCUGACCUCCCAGGGCAGAGUCCCCCUCCUCAGUCUCAAUGAUGUCAUAGCUGGGGUGGUCCGUGGUUGGUCGAGCCACAGAGUGGGAUGGCUCCUCCUGCAGGCUUUUUAUCAGUGCCGCCUGGCUUCCAGCUCCAACACAGGUGUGUCCAAACGAUGCGAGUGGCUCCUGGAGCUGAUGGGCCACAUCAGGAACGUUGCCUAUGGUGCAGCUCCUGUCACCUGUGGAGACACCAAACUGGCCACAGACUUCCUGUUCCAGCUCUUUGCAGCUGCUGUUGUUUCCUGGGGGGACCACUUCAUGCCCCUCCUCCUUGGCAUCAGGGCCCRGUGGUUCCCAUGGAAAACAGGCCCUAGGCCUCCGACGCUCACACAYGGUCUGUACGGGAAAGGUCCACUCACCGAGCAGGCUCUGCCACAGUGCAUGCUGGGAGUGUGCCACAGCCUGCCGCUGCUGCUGGACAAAGAGCCGUGGAGCAGCCAGACGCAUAAGUUUAUAGAUUGGCUCCUCAACAUAACAGAAGGUCCUGAACACAAUCUGUCAGCCUCAACCAUCAGCACAGCUAAAGCUGCUCUCCUCAGUCUGAAGUCCUCCGUUGAAUUCAAGAAGAAAGCUGUGUGGACCCGAGCUUAUGGCUGGUAACUGACACCGACUGCCUCUUCAGUCAUGAACCGGACCUGAACAUCCUCAAAGUGCAGCACGGACAUUUGAUAACGGCACAUUUCUUUCUUUUAGUAUCUGAAACAUUCCUUUCAUGGAUUGUGCUGCAUCUAUUUCAACUCAUUAAAGCAGUGUAACACAUUA